AUGAAUUUGUGGAUUAAAUCUUCACAGCUUCAUUUGUUGAACUUGAAGAUCGUUUCAAAGAUAGAAUGGAGAAGGUGCACCAGUGGAGGGCCGCUUUGAUAGAAGCCUCUAAUCUAUGCGGGUUAGAUUCGAAGGAUUUCAGGCCUGAAAACAAAUUAGUUCAAAAAAUUGUUGAAGACAUUUCACUAAAAUUGCCUAAAUAUCUAUGGAUGGAUGAGCAUUUCAAGGGACGCCUCGUUGGAAUUGAAAAACAUAUCAAAGAAAUUGAAUCGCUAUUAUCCAUUGGCACAAAAGAUGUUCGGAUUAUAGGUAUUUGGGGCAUGGCAGGUGUUGGCAAGACAACCUUUGCUAGUUCCAUAUUUCAAAGAUUGUCAUAUUUUCAAUUUGAAAGUUACUGCUUUCUUUGGAAUGUUAGGGAAGAAUAUUUAAGACAUGGACCAAAUCAUUUGAGAAAGAAAUUUCUGUCUGAGUUAUUAAGUGAUGAGUCUAUUCUAAAGAUGGAUACCCCAUUUGUAGCAUCAUCUUUUAUUUGUAACAAACUUUGCCAUAAAAAAGUCAUCAUUGUUCUUGACGACGUGGAUAGUUCGAUCAAAUUAGAAGUGCUAGUAGAGGGAUAUGAUCAGUUUGCACCUGGAAGUAGAAUCAUUGUCACAACUAGAAACAGGCAAGUGCUAAUUAAAAAAGAAGUUGAUGAUAUUUACAAGCCUGAAGGGUUAAAUGAGAUUGAAUCUUUCCAGCUGUUCAAUUUGCAUGCUUUUGGAAAAAGUUCUCCUUCAAAAGAUUAUAAAAUGUUGUUAAACCAUAUGACAAGCUAUGCUAAUGGAAAUCCAUUAGCUCUGAAAGUCUUGGGUUCUUUCUUGCACUCCAAAAGCACAGAUGAAUGGGAAAGUGCAUUAAAUAAACUGAAAAAAGUUCCUAAUAAGGACAUUUUAGAUGUGCUAAGAAUCAGUUACGAGGGACUAGAUGAUAAAGGGGUCCAAAAUCUAUUUCUUGACAUUGCAUGUCUAAUUAAUCAACCUUUUACUAGAGAUGAUGUAGAAAACAUGUUAGAUGCUGGUGAUUCGUUUGUGAAAAUAGGAUUAACUAUUCUUAUUCUUAUUGAAAAGUAUCUGAUUGAAAAUCGUAAAGACAACGAGCUAUGGAUGCAUGAUUUGUUGCGGCAGGUGGGUCAGACAAUUGCUUGUGAUGAACACAGUGAACCUGGUAAACGUAGUCGAUUGUGGGAUGUUAAAGAUAUUUGCCAUGUCUUGGAAAGAAAUACGGGAACUGCAGCAGUUGAAGGCAUUUCAUUCAACAUGUCUGAAAUUCAUAAAGACAUAAAAUUGUGCCAGGCAACCUUCUCAGAGAUGUAUAAUCUACGAAUUCUCAAAAUUUAUUGUGACAAUAUUGGUAACAACGAGUUCAAACUGUACUUUCCCCAAGGUCUUGGUUCUUAUCUUUCUAAUAAGUUAACAUAUCUUCAAUGGGAUUUAUAUCCUUUAAAAUCUUUGCCAUCAAAUUUUUCUCCUGAAAAGCUUGUUGAACUGAUACUAUGUGGGAGCCAUGUUCAAAGACUUUGGAAUCAUAAUGAAGUUCAGUCUCUUCCAGUAUUAAGAAGUAUCGAUCUUAGUUAUUCCAAGCUCCUUACUCAAAUACCAGAUCUAUCUCAAGCUCCAAAUUUGGAAAGUAUAAAUCUCGAAGGAUGUACUAGUUUGGUUCAAGUUCUUUCAGCUCUUCAGAAUCUUCAUAAACUUAGUUAUCUGAAUUUGAAUGGCUGCUCCAAACUUAGAGAUUUGAAAGAGUUAUCAAAGAACAGAGGGUAUUUGAUCUUGUAAGGUUUGGAGGCAUUAAGAAUUUUCUCAGUAGCAUUUGUAGGCUAAAGUUCACAUUUCUCAAAAGUUUUAUCCAAAGCUUUACAACCAAUUUGUCUCUCUACUCAUCUCAAUCCCACAUUUCUCAAAAGUUUCCAAAGAAUUUAACAGUUUUACUUUUGCAUGGCGCAACAAUUGAAGAAUUGCCCUCAUCAAUUGGUUCUCUCAAGUCUUGCUCGAUUGGAUUUGGCUGCUUGCAAAAGACUUAAAAGUCUACCAAGCAGCAUUUGUAAUUUGAAAUCUCUUGAAUCGCUUGAUUUGGGUGGUUGUAGUCAACUGGAAAAGUUUCCAGAAAUCCUGGAGCCUAUGGAGUACUUGAAAUAUCUUAUCGUUAGUGGAACAGCCAUCAAAGAGUUACCAGAGUCAAUUGAAAAUUUAGUUUCUCUCGAGAAAUUACAUUUGUAUAUGUGUAAGUACAUCGAGUUUCUUCCAAACAAUCUGAGUAACUUAAGUAAACUUCUAGAGAUGCGCCUCCCAUUUUGUUCAAAGCUUGAAACCUUGCCUCCUUUUCCACCAGCUUUGAAUAUUUUGGAGGUACAUGAUUGCCAGGGCCUGAAAUCAUUGCCAGAGCUUCCAUCUUCUUGCUUCAAUGUGAAUGCACUUCACUGCACAUCACUGGAGAAAAUAUCAAGUUGGAAACCUCCGCUCCUCCAAGAGAUGGAUUUGGAUCACUCUUUUAUUUAUGAACAGAGUAGCUUUUAUGGUUGUCAAAAACUAGAUCAGAAUACAUGCAAUAACAUACUCGCUAAUCGUGCAGUAACUAAAAUUCUAUCUUGUGAAAAAUUUCAAAGAAAUGUAUGUCAAUUUCUCUUCCUUUGAUUUUACUUAAGAAGUUGUGAGAUUCAGGAAGUUGAUUAAUUUCCUUUUCAUGAUGCAGGCCAAUCUACCUGCGAAAAUAUUUUAUCCAGGUGAUGAAAUUCCCAAGUGGUUUAGCUAUCAAACUUUAGGUGAAUCAAUGAAUAUUAUGCUUCUUCCAAUUGGAAUAAUGACAACUUCUUGGGUUUGGCUUUGUGUGUUGUUUUUCAUUAGAACAAAAUUGAGCCUGAUAUACACGUUAUCAUUGAAUGUAAACUCAGUUUCAAAACCAUCAAUGAUGGUGAUGAUUGUCGUUAUGAAUUUCAUCGAAGUGGGAGGCUUGGGGGAAACAAUCUUAGUUCAGAUCACGUAAUCAUGUGGUGUGACGAAAAAUUGUCUUUGCAAGAAUCAGAAGGAAAGUUUGAACUCGGGCUCUCUAGUUGUAGCACUGAGGUCUCUUUGCACGUCAGGCCAUUAUUCAUUGAUUAUAGUGCUUCGGGAAAUGGAAUUGUCAACUUUGGAAGUGAGUAUUUUGAAAUAAAGAAGUGGGGGAUUUGGUUGGUAAACAGGGAAGAUAUAUAGCAAUUUGAUGCAGAAACGAAAAGUAAGAGGAAGAGACACUUUGAUGAAUAUUGUGAAGCAAGCGGAAGUGAAGUUGUUUGCUCUCAUGAGGAAGAUGUUGCUGUGGAGUCGCAUCCUAAAAUUAGUUCAAAGAAAUUCAAGAUUAUAUGACUGCUUACAAACAAACGUGUGAAAUUUUGUUGGUGCAUGUAUGGUGCAAAGCAAUUGGAUAUAGAUGACUUAGAAAACAGAGCAAUUUGUUGCUAAAACUAAGAGACAUGUUUUGCUGAUAAUUAUAUAACCAGUGCAAGUGAGAUUUCUGUUGGAUUUGAUGUAUGAGAAAGAAAAAAAGGACAGUCAUAUUAUUUGCUAGGAUUAAUUUAAAAACAAGCCAUCUGAGCCUGUGGCUGUUUGCAAAUCAAAUGGUUAUGAAGAAACUGUGUCAAGUAUGCAGAUGCGGUAACACUUUGCUUCAAAGAAAUUGCGUGAGCAGUACCAUUGAGUUGAUACAUGGACAGCAUUGCAACAUGCCGCUAAACACUUGGCACAGCCUUAUAUUUUUCUGGCUAAGAUAUGCUACCGAAGUCUCUGUCUAUAUAUAUUGACUUGUUUUGUUAAUGAUUAACAAAUUGCUCAACAUAGAUUGUAUUUUCUUUUCCCUUUCCUUUUUGUGGGAAUUAAUGGAUUGUAAUAUUUAGUAAGCAAGUUUUUCAUGGGUUCAUUAUCAUUAUCCAGUAGUUUUAGUUAUUUGUCAAAUUAAUAGAAGUGCAAGUGUUCUGCACCAUAGCACUUGC